UUUUCUACUCAAGCCAUUAAUUAUAAUAUACCGUCAGACUUGAAAUCAGGAAUCGAAGAUAUGGAGAUGGUUGAUCAAAAACAAUCUCUAGAGCUACUUGAGGCUGAAGCUCACAUUUGGAAUCAUGUGUUCAACUACAUAAACUCUACGUCACUAAAAUGUGCAACUGAACUGGGCAUCCCCGACGUCAUCCACAAGCAUGGCGGCCCCAUGACCCUCCUUGAACUGGUAGAUGCUCUCCCGGGCGUCGACAAAGCCAAAGCCGAUUGCAUGUAUCGUCUCAUGCGAAUCCUCGUGCACUCUGGCUUCUUUGUAUUAGAAAAAAUCAAUUCCUCUAAUGAGGAGGCCUAUUCCCUUACACCUGCUUCACGUCUUCUGGUCGGAGAUCUUCCAAUGAGCAUGAAACCUUAUGUAAUAUCCCAAAUUGAUCCAAUCUUGGUGGAGCCAAUGCACCAUUUGAGUAGAUGGUUCCAAAAUGCUAACAACCACACACCGUUUCAAACCAUUAAUAAUGGGAUGUCAUUUUGGGAGCAGAAAGAGCGGAACCUGAGGUUCAGCCAUUUGUUUGAUCAAGGCGUGGCAAGUGAUACCCCAAUGGUGGCCCACGUGAUUACCAGAGAUUGUAGGCAAGUGUUUGAGGGUUUGGAUUCUCUCGUGGACGUCGGCGGAGGCACUGGAACUUUGGCCAAGGCCAUAGCGGAGGCGUUCCCACAAAUUCAUUGUACAGUGCUUGAUCUUGCACCGGUUGUUGCGGGAAUGGACGGGACAAAGAACUUGAAGUAUAUUGAGGGAAAUAUGUUCGAGUACAUUCCCCCAUCAGAUGCAGUUUUACUCAAGUGGAUACUUCAUGAUUGGAGCGAUGAGAAAAGUGUUGAGAUACUGAAAAAAUGUAAAGAAGCAAUAACGAGCAAUGGAAAGAGAGGAAAGGUGAUACUCAUCGAGAUGGUGGUAGAUGAUGAGAGAAGCAACACUGAGUCAGUUGAAACUCAACUCCUCUUUGACAUGCUUAUGAUGACUUUAGUUGGAGGAAAAGAAAGGAAAGAAAAAGAAUGGGCAAAACUCUUUUAUGAUGCUGGCUUCCAAGAUUAUAGAAUUUAUCCUGUCCUGGGAUUGAGAUCUAUCAUCGAAGUAUAUCCUUAAAUCUACUUUUAAUUCUGUUUACAAUUUGAUUGCUGUAACAAAAUUGUCGUGCAAACAAUUAGAAAUAUCAAUAAAGCAUCCUACUACCAGGAAACCCAAUACAUGUGAUUUUUAGCAUCAAUUGUUUAAACCUCCUCUUAUUGAAAAAACAUCAAUGUGUAUA